AUGCCACCAACAACGAGAAAUACUUCGCUGAAGGCACUACAAACAAGGUUGAGGUCUCUGCAAGAGAUGUUUAACGAUAUAUGCCGAUUUUUGAACACUGUGGAGGAAGAAACAAUUGCAACUCGUGUUUCAGUACGACUUGAGAAACUUGAGGAAUUAUGGGAGAAGGUGAAUGAAGCAAUCAUUGACAUCGAAAUGCACGACGACUACACCGCGGAAGAUAAUACGUAUUCCAACCAACGUUCUGAUUUUGGUAAUCGGUAUUAUGAGGCGAAAUCGAUAUUACUCGAGAAAAUGAAGGAAUUGGAGGGUAGAUCUGAUACGAAUGCAAUUACCCAAGGGCUUGAUUUGAUGAAACAAUCGACUAUCGAUCACGUUCGACUCCCACAAAUUAAAUGGCAAACAUUCGAUGGCAAUAUUGAUGAGUGGUUGAGUUUUAGAGACCUAUACCUGUCGUUGAUACACCAUAAGACCGAUUUACCAGACGUAGAAAAAUUCCACUACCUGAAGGGUUGCUUAAAAGGAGAGGCGAAAGCGCUCGUAGAUCCGCUUCCAAUCACAAAGGGUAACUACCAGAUAGCAUGGGAUACGUUGAUGAAACGUUACAACAGCAAAUUGCUUAAACGGAGACAGAUUCAGGCACUGUUUGAAAUUCCAACUCUGGCGAAUGAAUCUGAAAUACUACUACAAGCGUUGUUGGAGGGCUUUGAGCGUAGCAUCCAUACAUUGGACCAACUGGUUGAAUCGGCAGAGAAUUGGAGCUCUUAG